AUGGAGGGGAAUCAGCGCCAAGCUAGAGAUAUUGGCACCUAUGAUCAACCCAAUAUACAUGGGAGUAGGCUGGGUAUCAGGGCACCAGCUGUGGAGAACAACAACUUUGAGAUCAAAUCCAGCUUGCUCAACAUGAUAGAGAACAACAAGUAUCAUGGUUUUGCUUUGGAGGAUCCACUUGAUCACUUGGAUCAAUUUGAAAAGUACUGUGGCUUGUCAAAAACAAAUGGUGUCUCUGAAGAUGCCUUCAAGCUGAGAUUGUUUCCAUUUUCUUUGGGAGACAAAGCGCACACAUGGGAGAAGAACCUUCCAAGUGACUCUAUCACCACUUGGAAUGAAUGCAAGACAGCCUUCCUCAACAAGUUCUUCUCUAGCUCAAGGACUGCCAAGCUUAGGAAUGAGAUCUCUGGGUUCAGAAGCUACUGGUCUCAAGGCCUACAUCAUGGUUUCACCAAGGAGAAUCUGCUCAGUACCUUCUAUAGAGUAGUUUUACCUAAGUUCAGAAGCCAACUGGAUACUGCUAGCAAUGGGUUCUCCUUUGGGAGAACUGAAGAAGAUGCUGAGAAACUUGUAGAGAACAUGGCUCAGAGUGAUUCAGUCUACAAUGAUGAGCAUGAUAGAAACAACAGAGACAAUGGAGGAGAUGAUCAGAACACAAUAAAAGAGUUGAAGGCUCUACAAGACAAGUUGGAUAAGCUUCUCUCAUAUAGAGCUAAACAAGAGAAGGUGAACUCUGUUGGUGAGCAGAAACAAGAGGGGAUUGCUGUGGUUAAUGAAGUUGAUGGUCUAGAAGGUCAAGAAGAGUUGUGCUCUGUGAAUGCUAAUGGGACAUGGUACAAGAAGGAGCCUAACUUUCAGUACCACAACAACUACCAGCAAAAGCCUUCUACAACAACCAACAAGGUGGUUACCAGUCUACACAAGGCCAAGCUGGGUAUUCCACUUCUGCCCCUCAAGAAAGUAGCACCAAUACUAUGUUGA